AGAUAAAACAGUUUGACUUCAGCCUCCCAGAACUAUCUGACCAGCAUUACAUUCACUUUGAAAUGUAAAAGUAAUUAGAUAACAAGGGCAAACGGCUGCUCUCCCCUAUUCAUUUUCAAUUUUUCCUAAUAAAUAAGACUUGGCAUCUGCCAUAAGUGUGGCUGGAUAACACAGAAGGCCCUGCACAAAGCCCGUGAUUGUGUUCCAACUGACUACCUUCAGCUGACUCACAAGGGGAGGCAGGAAGAGCAUCUUUACGCCAGUGACAGUAUCUCUCCACAGUAUCUGUUUUGCCCCCAUUUACUGGAUCUAAAGUUUCAGCCUCCACGUGGGUUUCUCUGAGCUGAGAGGCUGGGGUAGGGAUUUUAUUUGGCUGUGAUGGACACAUCCUUCAUUUCCAGCUGCAUUCAGAGGGUUCUGAUCAUGCACAAUCUGUACGUUAUCAGGAGACGCAGGAGCAAGGGCUGCGUCUAGAUUGGGAGGAUGGAGGAAGAAAGGAGCAGUGCUGGCAACGCCACCUCUGCAGAGAGAAGACCUCUGGCAGAAUCCAAAACUCCUUCCAGAAUACUUUGGGUCAUCUUGUCUGUAAUCUUGUUUUUCGCCAUUGUUGGCAUCAGUGUGGUGGUAAUUUUCAGCUUUACCCGUAGGACUACCAAGCCUGUUUUGCAGAUUGUGCGGCUAACGUUUCAGAAUCACCAGGGCUCCCAGACGAAUCAGUCGGCCUUUGUUGACAAGUCCAAGAAUACUGUUACUUAUCAUGUAACUUCGCCAAGUAACCACACAACGGUGGUCUUGUUCGACAGCAAGAAUGGCUAUGUCUGCUAUAAACUCGCAGAUCAAAAUGCAUGUUACCUGCGGAAGAUGGAUGAUUGGGAUCUUGAGAACGUGCAGAUAUCUUUCAAUCUGUCUGAGCACAGGGUCAAUCAGCUGCUGCUUCAGAAUAAUCAAACCAAGUACUACAGAGAGUUCCUGGGGAUCUUGCCGGGGAGACAAGCAAAUGCCGGAAGCCUGGGGGAAGCCAUCCAAACCCUGUGUGAGCAGACUUUCAUCUACUGGGUCAGGAAAGGGGAUGGCCCUGGGAAGAAGCGGCUCAUUUACCUAUGCAUUGACAUCUGUUUUCCAAGCAACAUUUGCUUGUCUGUCUGCUUUUAUUACCUUCCUGAUUAAGCCCUGCUCCAAGGGGACUGACUCCCCCUGCUACUUCUCUUUGUACUUGAAUUUAAAUCCUGAAAAGCCUCUGACUUAAAUAAGCUUAUGUCUAAGGUUAUUCAGAUAACUUCCAUAUGAAAGGCUCCAACCCUGAUUUCAUGAUGCAGUUCGAGAGGUUGGGAAAGUGACAAAAGGGAUCAAAUUAAACAGGACUAUUUCCAAAAGCAUGUUGCAAUAUAUAUACACAUUUUAUUUACAACCUUAUGCCUGGGCUGGGACCUGUAGACACGCAUGUAGAGUAAUUACAUCACAUAGGGAGGGGACAGGCUAGGCUCGGGGCUGCAUGUACUAGUGUUCAACAAAGAAAAAAAAUUUUUUGUUGAUCAGUUAAAACUGAUUGUCUAAAAUUCCCUGGCUAAGUCUGUGCAAUUGAUUUAAAUAAAGUGACUCCAAAAUGAGGAAGUGGUUGUUGCUCCUCUGCUAUCUUUUCAAAAUGAUUCAUUCCAGCUUCCGCCUGAGAGAGGCUGCUGGCUUCUUCCCCUCCGCGUAGAGGAACUUCCAAAGGCUUUCGCUGCACUGUCCAUGCUGCAGAGGCUGUACAGGGGCUCGCUUGAGCUGCACUGUCUCCACCUUCCCUGCACUGAAAGGGGCUGGGCACUCUAUUCAACUAUGGUUCUGGUCUGUUCCCAGUGAGAAGUGCUGGGGUGAGGAAAAGGGGCAGUGUCCUUUUACUCUAAGGAAACGUUACACGCAAUGUU